AUGGAGAAUUCAUCUCAGGAGCCAACCUGGAAUGAGUAUUCUUCUGUUCUGAGUGAUCAGCUCACUAUCGACAUCUUGAAGACAUUUUGUUUAAGAGGAGGUCUAAGAACCUCCAACCUUCGGUCCAUCGCUUGGAGGAUCCAUUUAAAGUGUUUGCCUAUCUCCAAAGUCGAAUGGGUUUCGGUAACAAGUCGUGCAAGGAAGUUAUAUGCUCACCUCAAGCAGAAAAACAUCCCUAAUCCGCAUGAUGAUCGAUUUUGUCAGGAUCCUCAAGUGAAUAAUCCUCUUGACCAGGCGGACCAUAAUCCAUGGCAACAAUACUUUGCAGACCAUGACCUCCGUGAUCUCAUAUCAAAAGAUGUUGGGAGAACCUUCCCAGAACUUGAAUUUUUUCAACAGGAACACAUUCGUCGAAUGAUGUGCGAUAUUUUGUUGAUAUAUGCUAAGGAGAAUUCGUUUGUAUCAUAUAAACAGGGAAUGCAUGAGAUUCUUGCUCCAUUGAUGUUUGUGUUGUAUUCAGACCAGCAAUCUUUUUGUCAUUGCGAUGAGAACGGAGGCCUGAAAAUGCUUUCAAAUGAGGAUCGCUCCAUCCUUUUCCAUGUCUACAACCCUGAAUACUUGGAAAGUGACAGCUAUGGGAUGUUUUGUGAAGUAAUGCUAGAGGUGGCGAAAUGGUAUGAAGACUCAUCAUCAACACCAUCACCAAAGCCUUCGAUCAACGAAUCCGGGCCCUUCAUGCGCGUCCAAGACGCCACUCCUACCUCUCACAUAAUGCGUGAGUUAGUCGCAAUUGGUGAACGACUUCAUUCUGUUGAUCCGAUGCUGGCAGAUCACUUAAACCACCUUGACAUUCCGCCCCAAUUAUAUGGGAUUCGAUGGUUACGGUUGUUGUUUGGUCGAGAGUUUGCCAUUCAUGAUCUCCUAUACAUUUGGGAUGUUCUUCUGUGUGACCGACCGAUAAACAGAAUGGUGGAAUGUAUUUUUGUAGCGAUGCUCGUUCAAAUACGACAUCUCUUGCUCCAAUCGGACUACGGUGGUUGUCUGCAAUACUUGAUGCGUUACCCGCCAAUUGUCGAUGUUACCACUUUUAUUCAACAGGCUUUGCACUUCAGGAAUCCAAAAAAAUAUCAACGACCAGCAACGUUGGGUGCACUGAGCAAUUUCUCCCACAUGACAGUCACCGGUGCCGACCAUCCGAAUCGUGGUCGUCAAGGUUUACCUGUGGCGAACGAAACUCCUCAUGAGGACACUCCAACUGGUCUGCGUAACAUUACGUCCACAAUGUUGUCGAAGGUCAAGAACUCAGUCCUUGAAAAACCGCAGGUUUCUGCGGCGUUAGGAGCUACUCCUCCUGCAACUCCAAAAAAAGUUAUGCAGAACGUCGUUAAUCAGGCACCGUCAUGGGAAAAGGAGCUUCAUUUAAUGGAAGAGCAAGUUGCGUGCCUACAAAUCCGUCUGAAUGAGAAAGAUAUUGUGUGCAAUGAAGCAGCAAGAAAUAUUGAAGCGUGCGUUGAACAACUACGCACAGAAGGCCUUUCUAUACCAACAUUAUGUUCGAAGUUAUUGGAGAUCAGUAGAAAUCUCACAACUGGUUCGGCUAAUGGAGUAGGUAUCCCCAUUGUAAACCGUCGCGUUGAUGGUGAAAUACUAGAAAGACGUUUCUCUACAAGUAAGGCUCCACCUCAGCCUCGUCAUAUUCAACGAGAGAACGAAAUGGUCGAUUUGAGAAUGCGACCAAUGAAAUAA